UUGGAGGCGACGUGGAAGGUUUCAUUUUCCCACAAGUGCAAUGUCAAACUUGGAAGCUUCGAUAGUCGAAGAACUACCAGCAUGGAAACGACGGCGACGCCCGAGACGAACGACGAAUGCGACAAGCGCGUGGACGCCAAGCACGUCUUUUGGCGCCCACCACCAAGCAACCAAGAGGAGAGCGACGCCCCGCCACCGCCAUCGCCCGACACGACGGCCAAGAAAGAUACCAUAGCUCCAUCGCUCGACGAUCUACGCUUCACGGAAACCGAGGCUGCGCUCGAUGAAUGGAAGCAGCGUGUUCAGAGCGACCCGCGGCGGAUCUUGGAGGCGCAGCUCGAUCGGUGGCAGAGCAACAACGGCCCGGCAAAACGUGCCACCAACGACAGUGACAGUGACGACGGUGACGAUGAUGACGAAGAGAUGUACGUGGCCCGCCAGCGCCAUUACCUCAAGCAGCGCAAAUAACUGGACGCGACUUGCUCUUGAAUAAAUACGUCUAUCUACAACCUCUUAUA